AGGUCGAGCUAGGCUACGCGGAGUUAGGCUAGGCGGGUCCAAACUGCUGGUCUAGUCCUGACAUGUUGAAGAGAGGUGUGUAUAAGACUAGCUCAGCUGGGAGGUCUUGUUGCACUUUAUGUACAGAGCAUGUAUUCACUAGACAUCAAGAUGUCAGGUGACAACUGUGACAAGUCUGUCCAGGACAGCAAACUGGUGAGACCCUCAGCUGAGUUCCAGUCCCUCCUCCUAUUGGCUGGAGCCUCUAAAGACCUCUUCACCAUGAAGGAGGUCAUGUAUUACCUCGGUCAGUACAUCAUGCAGAAGGAACUUUUUGACAAGACUGAGCAGCACAUCGUCCACUGCUCCCAUGAUGCACUUGAGGUCCUCGGAGUCCACAGCUUCUCCGUCAAAGAGCCAAGAAUUUUGUUUUCUUUAAUUACCAAGAAUCUUGUUGCAGUUAUGAGUAACGAGUCAUCUCCAGAAGUCUCUCAACAAUGCACAGUUAAGACAGAGGAGGAGUCGGUGUCUCCUGGCUCCAGUAGGAGGCGCAGGAGGAGGAGCAGGAGGAGCAGUGAGCCGGGUCCGUCGUGCUCCAAAGAGGAGGAGGAGGAGGAGGAGCAGGAGGACGACCAGGAUGAGGACCAGGAGGGAGGGAGGAAGAGGAGGCGCUCUGAUAGCUUCUCUCUGACCUUCGAUGACAGCUUGUCCUGGUGUGUGAUUGGUGGACUCAGAAAUGACACCGACUGCCAGGGCCAAUCCGCUGACACAAACAGUACGGUGAGUGAUCACUUCAGUGUGGAGUUUGAAGUUGAGUCUCUGGACUCAGACGACUACAGUGAUGAAGAAACGUCGUUAUCUGGGGACGACCAGGUGUAUGAGGUGACCAUCUUCGAAGCAGAGGAAGACUCUUCUGAUGAAGAUCCUGAGAUUACAAAGGAUGACUACUGGAGAUGCUCUAAUUGUGAGGAGUUGAACCCUCCGUUGCCUAGGAACUGUAACCGCUGCUGGAAGCUGCGUCAGGAUUGGCUCCCUGAGCUGUCUGUCAGCAGAGCAAACUCUGCCUCCCCUGAUCACAAAGUCAUGCCCACCAAACCCUCUGUGGACCAAUCAGUUGCCGACCAAAACUCUCCAGGACCAGAGGACGAUGUGGACGUUCCCGACGGAAAGCGGAGCCACUCCCCCCGAGCCCCCUCCUCCCCCCGGCACCCCCCCUCUUCGGACCUCCUGGGCUCCACCCCCUCCCCCCCGCCCUGCGACCCCGCCCCCCCGCCCGACUCCAAGAGGACGGUCUCCACGGAGACGCGGCUGCCGGAGGCGUGCGUGGAGCCGUGUCUGAUCUGCCAGACGAGACCCAAGAACGGCUGCAUCGUCCACGGCCGCACCGGGCACCUCAUGGCCUGCUACCCCUGCGCCCGCAAGCUGAAGAGGAGGAACAAGCUGUGUCCGGUCUGCAGGGAGCCCAUCCAGAGUGUAGUCCUGACCUACCUGUGCUAGACCAGAGCAUAGUCCUGACCCACCGGAGUCAGACCUAACCCUGAGCCCCUAACCCUCUGGUCCUGACCUACCUUAGACCCCUCCCCCUCCAGGGUCUGGUCCUGACCUACCUUAGACCCCUCCCCCUCCAGUGUCUAGUCCUGACCCACCCCUUCCCCUAACCUUACCCACCUAGUAACCCAGAAGGAUUUAAAGACGAGGUACUGGUCAGAACGCUGAACUGAUCACAAAGACAUGUUUCAUUUAUCGAAUCUGUACAGUAUAAAGUUUAAUAGAGUGAUCAGAAAAAUGUUUAUCUUGUAUUCACUGAAUAAAGUUUAUUCGAAGGCCCUAUCAAAUCUA